AUGAGCGCGGGAUUCUGCAAAGCCACCAGGAUGAUGCUGGUUUUCCAGGCGUUCAUCUUCAAAGCUACAAAAGAAUUUGAUCUGUUCGUGUCCGUGCUCAUCACUGCCUACUUCUGUGCUCUUCACGUCUACACUCGCUCAUCGCCAACUCACAGUGCCGUGUCACUUCAAGUCACUCGUACCCUUGGAAUCGUCUCACUCUUCUUCCUAACCCUCCGUAUCAUUGAUCUCCAUUACUGCUAA